AUGGCAAUGACGCCGGAUGACUCUUCUGGAGAUUGUGAUACCCAGUCUCUCACGGCCAGUGUCACAGACUAUCCGAGGGAGAAUGGUCGCACCUAUCAUCGCUACCAUGAGGGUUUAUACCCGUACCCAAACGACGAGCAGGAGCUUGAUCGUCUAGAUAUGCAGCAUCACAUUUGGAAGCAGGUCAACCAAAACCGGCUAUAUCACGCUCCUCUCCGGGAUCCCAAGCGGAUUCUCGACAUUGGCACCGGCUCCGGCAUAUGGCCCAUUGAAAUGGCCGCUCUGUUUCCAGAAGCAAACAUCACUGGGACAGACUUGUCCCCGGUCCAACCAACCGAAGUCCCUCCAAAUGUGCAUUUUCUGGUCGAGGACGCCACAGAAGACGAAUGGCUGUGGGAGUCUGAUUAUUUCGACUACGUCCGUCUGGGCAACAUGACUGGCUCCCUGCCCUCUGUGGCUGAACUCAUGAAGAAGGUGAUGCGAGUACUCAAACCCGGCGGCUGGUUUGAAUGGCACGAGAUCGACCCGACGCCACGCUGUGACGACGGUACCAUGCCGCCGCCGAACGAGGAAGGCUUCAGCGCAACCCACGCGAGAGUUCACUAUUGCUCCUCGUCUGGCCCGCAAGAUGAGAGCGGAAGGGUUCAAAAUAUUCAAGAUAACACCACAAAGGUGCCCAUGAAUCGAUGGCCACGAGAUCCCCAGCUCAAGACGUGGGGGGAGUGGUACGAGGCCAACUGGCUGGACGGGUUGUCGGCAUACACUUACAAGCCGCUGCUCGCCCUGGGCUGGUCGAAGCCUGAGAUCGAAGUCUUUAUGGUAUCGGUUCGAAAGUGCAUCAGCAAUCGCCGUUUCCACACCUAUCACAAUUUCCACGUCGUGUUUGGACAAAAGCCGUAUCCGGGUUAA